AUGACUUCGAGUCGCAGGCAUCAUCUGAAGAGUUUGAUGCUGUCCAUCGCUAAAGAUUUGCUGGAGGAGGAAGAGAAAGAACAAGUGAUAGAGAAGAGACGAUACAUGAGUGAGAACUGUCCUCCUGUGUCCAUGCCCAGGACCAUGCAGGAGCUGCAGGAACUCUGCAGGGAGAUUCACCACAAGAUCGACAAGACCGAUGAGGAGAGAUACGACCUGGAGAUGAAAGUCGGCAAAUCUGACAAAGAGAUUGAUGACCUGAAGAUCAAAGUCCAGGAUGUGAUGGGCAAGUUCAAGAAGCCGGUCCUGAAGAAAGUACGCAUGUCUGCCGACGCCAUGCUGAAAGCUCUGCUGGGCUCCAAACACACCGUCAACCUGGACCUGAGGGCCAACCUGAAGCAGGUCAAGAAGGAGGUGAAAGAGGAGGAUAAGGAACUGCGUGACGUCGGCGACUGGCGUAAAAACAUUGAAGACAAAUCCGGCAUGGACGGGAGGAAGAAGAUGUUUGAGGCAGAGGCUUAA